AUAGAAAUAUCACCUAAGUUCUUUUUGUCUUCACGACUCUCCUCGAACAACUUGACGCCGUCCAGUCUAGAGUGAGUGAUACGACAGUGGAACUAUACAGAGCAUUACGAGACAUAGCGAUGGAGUAGACCCAGAUAAACCUCCAACUUGCUUCUGAAGUCAAAGAUCUGAGUCGAAUGUUGCUAAGAAAGAAAGUUUGUUUGACGUUCUAACAUAUAUCAACAAGACUGUUGGCGGCAUCUGCGGCAAAAUGACCCAACCAGAGAACAAAGUAGAAGAGGAGGAUAUCGACUCGAAAGACGUGGCGAAAGAUCCCACCAAGGCCGAAAAGAAGACGCGAGAUGAGGAUGAGGCGACAGAGGUUGAUGACACCAGCACCAUCGGUAGUACAUCGUCUUCCUGGGAAGAGGAUAGACGGCCGAGCUCACAUCCAGCAUCGCGCCCUUUAUCACACGCCAUCUCCGAGUCUGAAAUUCGGGAUGGCUUUCAGAACCAGAGGGAUCCCGAGCUUGGCCCACCGCUCACAGAGAAGGUGGACACCACGGCGCCAAAUCCCGACGACCCAAAUCUCGUGACGUGGACGGGUCCAGAUGAUCCUGAGAACCCGAAGAACUGGCCGUUUUCGAAGAAGUGGGCGGCGGUAUUUACAGUCUCACUGUUUACUCUGAUUUCCCCCAUAUCCUCGUCGCUCGUGGCACCUGCGCUCGAGUCCAUCGCAGAAGAGUUGAAAAUCGAGCAGGCUUUCGAAAAGAACCUCACGCUAUCGAUUUUCAUCCUCGCGUACGCAAUCGGCCCCUUGGUAUGGGGACCGCUCUCCGAGCUAUAUGGCCGUGUCCUCGUACUACAGCUCGUGAACCUGCUUUAUCUGUUCUUUAACCUGGGCUGCGGGCUCGCGCGCACGAAGGAACAGCUCAUCGCCUUCCGAUUCCUGGCUGGACUAGGCGGGUCGGCACCCCUCGCCAUCGGCGGCGGCGUCCUAAGCGAUUUAUUCACGGCUGAGAACCGCGGCAAGGCGCUCUCCAUCUACAGUCUUGCUCCCCUGCUUGGCCCAGCCAUCGGGCCCAUCGCCGGCGCUUUCAUUGCGCAGAACACGACCUGGCGCUGGGCGUUCUACGCGACCACGAUCGCGGACGCCCUGAUCCAGGGCGCUGGCGUAUUCUUUCUCAAAGAGACGUACGCGCCGCUGCUCCUAGUUUGGAAGAAGCGGCGUCUUGUCAAGGAGACUGGCAACACGGAUCUGCACACGCCCUACGACAACCCGAACCGCACCGUCGCCAAGACACUGCGCAUCGCGCUUGAGCGGCCCUUCCGGAUGAUCACCACGCAAAUCAUCGUCCAGGUCCUCGCCGUGUACAUGCUCUACGUCUAUGGGUUGAUCUACAUCGUGCUGACGUCCUUCCCCGUGCUAUUUUCGGGCCCCGAACCCGACGGCUACGGCGAACCCGUCGGCAUCGGUGGCUUGAAUUACAUCAGUCUCGGCUUAGGCUUCUUCGUAGGAGCCCAAGUGACCGCGCCGCUCCAGGACCGCAUCUACGUUGCUCUGAAGAAGAAAUACGGCGGCAUCGGUAGGCCCGAGUACCGCGUGCCGAUGUUGAUCCCGGGCGCCAUCCUGAUGCCAAUUGGUCUCAUCGUCUACGGAUGGACGGCUGAGUUCAAGACGCACUGGAUCUUCCCCAAUAUCGGCGCGUUCUUGUUCUCCACCGCCACCAUCAUCAGCUUCCAAUGUCUGCAGACGUACCUCGUCGACACCUACACGCGGUACGCCGCCUCCGCCGUCAGCGCCGGCACCGUCUUCCGCUCGCUCGCCGGCUUCGGCUUCCCCCUCUUCGCCCCCAGCCUGUACGAAACCCUCGGCAAUGGCUGGGGAAAUACGCUCCUGGCCCUGCUUGGCGUCGUUUUGGGUUGGCCUGCACCGUUCUUGCUGUGGAAGUAUGGCGAGAAGUUGCGGAUGAGGAGUCCAUUUGCGGCUGGGGAUAAGUAAGCUUGCGAGCACGAGAGGUUAUAACUAAGGGGGAAAAAAAAAAAGAAAAAGACAGGGCCUUGAGGACCUGUCAUCUGUACCUAUU